AAAAAAGUAAAGGAGUGGAGAGGACUAUCGAUGUCCUCCCCCAGUUACUAGUGAAUAUAUAAAAAAACAAGGCUCUCCCUUCUUAUACUUUCUCUCUCUCUCCUUUUUUAAAUGUAUAAAAUAGAAUCAUCUUGGAGAGAAACCAAGUCAUCAAGACCUUCCUUUUUUUUAAUAUAUACAUGACACAUUUAAGCGAUUUUAGUUUUUUGCAGCGUACGGUUUCCUUUGGAUAUCUCUAUGUUUGGUACACCUAUCGUGUCUGGACACUAGACAGGUUCAGUUGUCUUCAUCCUAAACGAGUCAAACAAGGCGAACUUAAAAGCGUCGUCACCUUGCUUAUUCUCUUUAUGAUACCCUUCCAGCUCUUUUAUGAUAUCACAUCCGUCAAGAUCAAGUACGAGGAAGGUUUCGCCAGUAUUCUAGGCCACGUCUUUACCAAACCUGAAGUCAUGUGGACAAAAGCUGACAAGAGUCUAGUAAUCCCUACCGAAUACAGUCUCUGUAUCGGAUUCUCGUUACAAACGGGUACGCUUGUACUAUUGCAAUGUUUUUGGAAUUAUCUAGCGGAUUCUGUGGCGAGUGCUACUUUUAUGAGUAGUAAAGAGUUUAAAUUCUAUAUCGCCUGGACCUGCUCAAGUUUCAUCGUCUUUCCUUUGCUCCAGUAUAAUUUCUCCCGCGAUAUCUACGAACCCACCUACAAAGAAAUUAUGCCAGAGAUGGUGUACGGUAUUGAGCUAUUUAUUGUUGCUUGCUUGGGUGUAGUGUCUCAUUUUCGAUUUAAAAAACUGUUGAGCAAGAGUCCAAAUACCACCAAUGGUAGAUCCAUUACACAAAAGAUUCGUUACUUUCAAGAAAUCAAUGUGGUUUUAUCUACCGUCUUGUUCGGUCAUGGUAUCUUACUCACCAUUCUCAGUGGGGAUGGUCUCACUGUGCGAAAAUAUCUCAACAUCCACAAAUUCUCGGCUGACUUUUUUAUCUGCAACAUCAAUAUGUGUGCAGUGAUUACCUGGUUCUGCAUGAUUUUGAUCUUUCACCCAAAGCAUAACCAAGCUACAGUCACACCCGAUCAGGAUUUCUUGAAUGAAGAAAAUGGAGUGAAUAACCAGAGUGAUAUCAGCGGUCAAGCAUCGACGCUUGUAUUCGGUAGUUCGCAAUCAGGUAGUGAUUACGCUUAUCAUAAACAGGGUUCUGUACAUCCACUCUCGCAUUCAGGCAUGAGUACAAGUCAAGCGACAGACAGUGCGUUCCAGUUUGGACCUUUACCUACGACACCACCAAGAAAGAACACAUCCAUCACCUCUACAGCGCCUUCCAUGACAACGUUGGUUCCCAAGGGAAGUUGUGGUCGGUCUACCAAAGGGUCUAUUGAUACGGGUACGUUACAGCCUAUUCGACAUUACCAAGAGUUGGAGCUGGAGUUUUUACCUGAACAAACAGAGUAUUAUUGUAUGCCACCACUGUCACCAGCUCGUAAAAACAGAGAAACUAAUCCACGUGGAGUGGAAAGGUUUACCUUGACAAAGGAGGAAGAAAUACCUGAAAAUGAUUCCCAGGCCAUCAUGUCGUUUGGUGAGUUUGGACAAUGGUCACAAUCAGAGUCUUCACUUGUGUUGCCAUUUGAAGAAGAUAAUAGCUUUUUACCGCCUCCACCUAAUUUUCCACCUCCCGCCGCCACUUGCAUUUCAUCAGAAGAUGCGGUUAUUUAA